CUCUUCACUUGUAUAUAUUAACAGGAGUACUCACUCUUCUUUGUUGUGUCUUCCCGUCUAUUUUCUUGCUUUGUCUUCGUCUCCUCCCUUUCUCCUUCUCCUCUAUAACUUUAAAGGGCUUGAGUGGAUUCGGGUUAGUUUCUCUUUCUCUCACUGCAACUGGGGCUUGAGUGGGCCAAUGGGUGAAGAAGCUAAGCAGGAGGAAUCCAAGACAGAAAGCAAGGCAGAAGAGAAGAAAGAAGAAAAGAAAGUGGAAGGUCCGGAAGAGAAGAAGGAAGAGCCAAAGCCACCGUCUCCGGUUGUCCUGUUUGUUGAAUUGCAUUGUGUAGGAUGCGCAAAGAAGAUAGAGAGGUCCCUCAUGAAAGUCAGAGGAGUUGAAGGAGUAGUGAUGGACAUGGCACAAAAUCAUAUAACCAUAAAGGGAAUAGUGGAACCUCAAGCUCUAUGCAAGAGAAUACAGAAAAAGACCAAGAGAAAAGCCAAAAUUUUGUCCCCACUACCAGCUGAGGGAGAUCCCCUACCACAAUUUGUCACUUCACAGGUGAGUGGACCAACGACAGUGGAACUGAACGUGAACAUGCAUUGUGAGGCUUGCGCUGAGCAGCUCAAGAGGAAAAUACUGAAGAUGAGAGGAGUGCAAACGGCGGAGACAGAGAUGGCGAGUGGGAAAGUGAAGGUAACUGGAACCAUGGACGAGAAACGGCUGGUGGACUAUGUGUACAGAAGGACAAAGAAGCAAGCGCGGAUAGUCCCACAGCCGGAGGAGCCCGUCACAGUUGCAGAGAAGAAGGAAGACAACAUUGCUGGAGAAAAGCCCAACAAAGAAGAGGAAGCAGCAAAGAAGAUGGAUAUUAAUGAUCCUAAGCAAGAGAACGCAGAGAAGGUGAAGGAAGAAGCAGACAAAGCAGCAGCAGCAGCGGCAGCGGCAGCGGAAGCAGAAGCAGAUAAGAAGAAGGAGAAAAGAGAUGAAGGGAAUGAAAAUACGGAGGAAAGCAAGGACAGAAUGUAUCAGUACUACUACCCUCCUGUCUACGUCAUGGAGCGGGUCCCACCCCCUCAGCUCUUCAGCGAUGAAAAUCCCAACGCCUGUUGCAUCUCAUGA